AUCAUCAACACAACCUGAAAACAAUGACAAGAUCACGACAACAUAAACAAUCCUCAAGUUUUACGUUUUUCAAAAAUUGUUUCUGCCCAAAAUGGACGAUAUUCUUGACAAAGAGAUUGAUCACAACAACAUCCGAGCCCUGGACAAUCUGAAAUACAACAAUUUUGAGAACACACACUCAGAAGAUGAGGAGGACUUUGAAGAUGUUUCCACUGAGGAAAUGCAGCUCAAAUCCGAAAUGGACUUUAGUUUUGCUUGUGACGCGGAUGCAAGCAUCAAGCAAGAGAUCAAAGAAGAAGUUCUAGACCUUGGAGUGGAUAUCAUAAUGCCAGAAGCAUCAAAUCACAAUUCUCUGGGUGUCAGCAUUGCUGCACCAUCCACUCCAAAGGUGAAGAAGGACGUGAAGACCAGAAAAGAGCUGGAGGAGGAAGAGAGGGAAAAAAUGCAAGUGUUGGUGUCGAACUUUACAGAAGAACAACUGGACAGAUAUGAAAUGUACAGACGAUCCGCAUUUCCCAAAGCAGCAAUAAAGCGACUAAUGCAGACCAUAACUGGCUGUUCAGUGUCUCAGAACGUUGUCAUUGCCAUGGCGGGUAUUGCCAAGGUGUUUGUGGGAGAAAUUGUGGAAGAAGGACUGGAUGUAAUGGAAGAACUACAAGACAGCGGGCCCUUGCAGCCAAAACACCUGAGGGAAGCCGUGAGGCGAAUGAGAGUCGCUGGGAACAUUCCAAAUGGCAGAGACUCCAGAUCGCAUUUCAAAAUAUAGGAGCACAGGCAAAUAUUUACUUCAAUGCGUUUUUACUGUAUAUAAACCCGGGAUAUUUUUUUAUGUUAAAUGACCUAGUUUUAUUCACAGCUAAUUAUUCAAAUAAAAACUAGGUAGAAGAAA